AUGGCAGCCCCCCUGACCAUCUUCUUUUUCAGCCUUUAUCUGCUGGUGCUGCUGGUGGGGAUCCUGGGUGACGGAUUCAUCGCGGGGCUGUUGGGCAGCGUGUGGGUCCGACGCAGGAAGCUGCCUCCGUGCGACAUGAUCGUGGCCAGCCUAGGAACCUCCAGGUUUUUCCUAUUGUUGUUGUCGAUGCUGAAUGGGAUCUGCAUCUUGGUCUCCCCCAGACCAUAUUACUCCCCAUUUCUCUUCUACUGCAUGUUUUUCUGGGACCUUUUGAACUUGUUCUCCUUCUGGUUUGCGGCGGGGCUCAGCGUCUUCUACUGCGUGAAGAUCACCACCUUCACCCACCCAUUCUUCCUCUGGCUGAAGCAGAAGAUCUCGGGGAUGGUGCCUUGGUUCCUCAUAGGUUCCAUAUUGGUUUCCUGUGUCUCCACUUUCCCCUUCAUUAUCCACAACAGCGCUAACUCCACCUGGUGUAACAACUCUGGGAACAGAACUGAGGUUGACUGGAAGACCUUCCAGUCACUCAAAGUCCUGGUCAUGAUCUUCAUCCCAAUGAGUGUCCCAGUCCUCCUGCUCCUCAUCUCCUCCAUCCUGCUGGCCACCUCCCUCCGGAGACACCUGAGGGCCAUGCAGCACCACGGCCCCGGCCUGCAGGACUGUAGCACCAAGGCUCACAGGCGUGCGCUCGCAUCGCUGACCUCCUUACUCUCCUUCUAUGUUUGGUACUUCAUCUCUCUGGUCUUAACCUCGGCCUUCACCAUUCCAUUUGACAGUUCCUGGAUAUGGCUAGUCCAGCUGGCGACUUUCUUGGGGACAACAUGCCACCCUCUCUUGCUGACGUGGAACAACCCCAAAAUCCGGCGGGCCUUAGAGAGGAGGCUGCAUCACAUCUCAGCCUGCCAGACACCGUGA